CUGCCAUGAUUGCCCCAUUGACAACUUGAUCAGGUCAUCAGUGUCAGGGUGCUUAACCUGUUAGUGGCCGGUUCUCGCUUCAAAAAGUGCGGCGGAUAAGCGACCUUUGAGCUGAACUUGUAGCUAUCAUAGUAGUUAAAGCUAGAACCUAGUUAAGCGUUACCUAUAUUGUAGGCAAAAAGGUCUUCUAUGGGGUUUCUGUGCAUUCGCCCUACUUUACUCGCGUGGUAGAAUACCUGGCUCACAUCGUCCGUGAGAGGCCGGUUCCCGGGAUUUCGGCCUAGUGCGGUCCCAGCUUCCUUGACCGACGUCUGCACCACUCCCCAAUCGCACUUCCAACUUCCAGUAAGCAAUGUCAGCGGACCUAUUCGCAGAGUUCAGCACAGGCUCAAGCGAAAAUCCCACGCAAUCAAAUGUCUCCAGUGGACGGCAGCCCGCAUCGACGUUCAGCUUCUUCGAUGACUUGAACAACAAGCCUGCCACGGUCUCGCAACAGCCGGCCACAUUCGCACAGAGCUUCGGGCACACCGCUAGUUUACCGACACAAUCGACAACAGACGAUGAUGCUGAUGACUGGGGUGACUUUGAGGGAGGAUCAAGUCAUGUUGAUACUACAUCAUCUGCUCAACAUGAUCCUUUUGCCUUUAUAUCAAGUCAGCAGGCUCAGCCGCCACAGCAGGCUUGGACAAGCCAGCCUGUAGCACGCGAUCCGUUCGGCUUUCAGCCGACAGGCCUUCCGUCAACCUCACAGGAGUCAUGGACCAAGGCCCCAAUAGUCAAAGCAAAGAAGCCUGCGGAUUCCAACGUGCUAUUCGACGCAGAGGAAGAUCUUGAUGAUGACGACUUUGGCGACUUUGAGGAGUCGCAGUCUCAACCUGUCGAACCAGUGCCAUCAGCACCAUCAGCGCCUCCGGCGUCAGCAAGGCCAUCUUCGGCUCUCGUCGACUUACUUGGAGAUCUAGACUUCUCACAGCCUACGCCUUCAAUAGUUAAAGAGCCAGGCAAACCGGCCAAUGUAGUAGAUGCAAAGGCCAGACCGACUACAGAAAAAAGCUCCACCAGAGACUUUGCUGCGCCCAAACAGUCAAAACCGAAGCCAGCAGCAAAACCAAAACCAGCGCCAGCCGUGACACCUCACAUCGCGGAUGACGGCUGGGACACGUUCGAUGAUUGGGAGGCUUCGAUACCGGCACCAGCCACCAGGGCCCCUGAAGUCACCAAAAAUCCAGCAACAUUAGCACCUACACCGAUCCUGUCUCCAGAAAUGGAUGAUGUAGGUUCUGCAGAGCAGCCGCCGACCAAUGUCCCACCACCUGGUGUCUUACUCUCACUAUUCCCGUCCUUCUUUGCAGACGCGCAAGAGCAGCUGUUCAAGCCUAUGGCUACACAAACGCUACCGAUGAGGAACAAGCUUCUUGCCGAGCCAGGAACAAUUAAUUACCUCAAAGGGUAUCUCAUGUUAGCCUCUGUCGCAGCGCACAUUAUAGCAGGACGAAAACUUCGUUGGAAGCGUGAUCAACAUCUUUCUCAGGGCAUGAGGAUUGGGCCAGCGUCAUCUCGAGCUACAUCAGGGAUGAAGCUAACAGGUAUCGAUCGAGGAGAGACGUUGAAAGAAGACAGGGAGGCCUCUGAUGUUGUGAGAGUGUGGAAAGAUCAGGUUGGCAGACUUCGACACGUCAUCUCUGGUGUCAAUCAGAUCAAGUCUGGUACUUUGAGCCCUGCCCCCGAUUUGCAGGAAACGCUGCCGGUCAGGACGCUGAAACAGUCUGAGGGUGGUGUACCUGCGCGCCAGCCGUGCAUGUUGUGCGGUUUGAAAAGAGAUGAGAGGGUGACUGCAGCAGACAUGUCGGCUGAGGACAGCUUUGGGGAGUGGUGGAUUGAGCAAGUGAACAUGCACCGAGGCUGCAGAAACUUUUGGAACAAGCACAAGGACACCCUUAGACAGCGAUGAAGUACUAGACUGUGCAUUAGCACAAGACUAACGUUGGGGAAGGUAGGCAUCAGUCAUUGCGACCUAAAGUUGAUCAAGGUUUUGGCUCGCAAAUGAAGGCGAUCCCUGGACCAUGGCAGACCCUGUGUCGAGACUGCGACGUUCUCCUUCCAUGCUUAAAGCCGCUGGGUACGGCAUCCCUGAAGUCCGCUGCCCCGAGAUAGACCGACAAGCCGUUUCUGUGCAUGACAGGCGUCGGGCAAAUUCA